AUGUAUGGCGACGACGAGGACUCGGGCGCCGAGGACAACCGGCCGCUCAGUUUCAUCGCCGCCAAGUACGGGGGCGAACAGCUGGAAAACAAGUCUUCAUCCUUGAAACCGGAAGAUGCGGCGGGCGACCGACUCCGACUUGUGCGCACGACGUCUGACCAGAGCACCUCACCCACCCAUCUCUCUCCCGAUUACCGCGGUAUCAACGGCGGCAUCAAGAAAGCCCAGACGUUUCCCGCGCGACUAUCGACCGAGCAGCGAAAUGGUGCUGGCGAACGACCCAAGUCUCCAAUACCUCCGCUAUCCCCCGGCCCGUCCUUGCGAGAUGUACAGAACGCCGAGGCCUCCCAAUUCCCCAUGACCAGCAUCGACAACCCCAACGAUCUCGCCCAGGAACUUAGCAACCUACAGGCUCUACGGCGGAUGUCCAUGGAUGUUGGAAACACCACGGACCCCGACCUUUUGCAGUUCUCGGGUGUGUCAUUGAUGGAGAUGCCGUCCAUUGCGCCCACCGGCGAUGAUGAUGAAGGCGAUCCGUCUCGGUUGCUCUGGGUUCCCGCGCGGGUCCAUCCCGAACUGGAGCCCACGGCCUUCAAGAGCUUUCUCGAAAAGCGGGUACAAACAAUUAAGCGGAGGUCCGGAGAUUCACUGCUUUCAGUUGACGGCUUGCAGCGCAACAAUUCAGGCAGUCUCCGGCGCAAGAAGUCCAUGCUCUCUCGGCAGGUGAACUCGGCCAACGAGAUCGGAGAAGGCCCCGUAGAUGGGGCAGACGCACUUGCACGACAACGAUCGCUCCACGAACACGCCCCCGAACUUAGCCUUUCUGAGCUGGUGAACGAUCCAACAAAGGCGGUGCAAAAAUUGACACAAGACAGCAGACAAGAAGGUGGCGGUGAGACUGACAGCCCAAUUCUCCCCAUGGCUCCGGGUAUGGGUUUACGUCGGUCGACGAAGACUACCUACCGAAAAGGUGGGAGCCAACGGUAUGGCGAACGGACGUUUUCGAAGCGCCUCGCUUCGAGGCAGACUGACAAGGAAUCGACCGAGGAAGCGCCUCCAAUUCCGGCCAUCGACCCGACGAUUGGGAAGCCACUGACCCGAGUUCAAUCCGAGCCGAUCACGGAGAACUAUUCGCGGCCGACCCGGACCGUCCGGAGGCAACAUGGUUUUACCAGGGAAUCGCUAGGCUCUUCGUCGUCGCCGGGGGUCGAGCUGGAGGAUACUGCAGAGGAACCGACACCCACUGCGCCAACAUCUCCGCCGAAGUCCCAAGCGCUUCCUGUGCGUUCGUCUUCAACCUCUGCCGUUCGCUCAGCGCCCGCCCCCGUACCACAAAUCAUCGAAACCCCGCCUCCGGUGGAUGAAGCCUCGGAGGCAAAGCAAUCAGCUCCUUCGGCGCCGUUACCAACCGUUCCGGAGCAGCUUCCCUUGGACCCCCCCGCGCGUUCGAGCAAGCGCCCGCUCCCAGCCAAGAGUUCGACUUCGAGCCUACCCGUCCCCACCGUCAGGUCAAACAGUGUCAAGGAGCACUCGCCACCGGCCCAACAGUCUCUUGGCGAGAUCAACCAGCCGCAUGCCCUACCCGGCAGCGGCAGUACCACGACGAGCAGUUUGACCUUUAUCCCCACCUUUGACACUAUCGAAAAGAAAAUCGAAAAGCGCGGCAAGGAGAAGGACGAUGCGGAGAGCGUUGUGUCGCACAAGUCGAGUUCGAGCUGGAAGUGGUUCAAGAGCGACGACAAGGAGAAGAAGAAGCGGGAGAAAGAGAAGGAGAAGGAACGAGAACGCGAACGCGAACGGGAAGAACUGGCGAGAAGAGCAAAGGCUAGAGCGGGCGCGGAAAAGAGCCACGAUCACGCGCGCAUGGACGUGAUUCAGACUUCCAUCGACAACGUCCCCAAGGGCCGAGAGAGCCUCCGGUUAGAUAGGGAGAGUAUUGAGGGCUUGCCGCAGGAGGACCGCAAGAAGGACUCGAACCGCAAGUCUGGCGAUGGUAAGAAGGAGAAGGAAGGUUUCUUUGGUGGACUCUUUGGCGGUUCCAAGAGGAAGAGCGAGAAGGACGCGAGCAACAAGAAGAAGGAGAACCGACCGCUUACCCCCGAACCGCCCCCGCGGCCGCUCCGCGCUGAUAUCGACUAUCCCUGGACCCGGUUCCCGAUCAUUGAGGAGCGAGCGAUUUAUAGGAUGGCGCACAUCAAGCUCGCGAACCCGCGCCGGCCGCUGCAUAGCCAAGUGCUGCUCAGCAACUUCAUGUACUCGUACCUCGCCAAAGUACAGGCAAUGCACCCGCAGCUACAGAUCCCUGUCUCUCCGCAGCAGAAGAGACAGGAGGAGGAGCGCAAGCGGCGCGAGGCCGAAGAAGCUCAGCUGCAGAUGGAGCAGCAGAUGGCUCAGCAGGCUGCCCAGGAUGGGAACUACGAUUUUGAGUACCACCGAUCUGGCAACCAGUACGGUGAUCCUCAGCUCGAGGAAGAUGGUUCCGCACAUUAUGUGGACGACGCUCAGAUUUACGAGUACGAGCACGGCGAUCAGCACCUGCAGAAUGGCGGCGAAGAGUACGUGGACGAGCAAGGGCAAGGUCAUAUCCAAGGGCAUACCCGCCAAGGUAGUGGCGGUAGUGGACAGCAGAACGCCUAUUAUUAUGCGCAGACCAAUAACAACAACCAUGGCAACAAUGGCAACAACCGGCACGACGAUGAUGACGAGAACGGCGGGAUGUGGUAG